GGAGAGGAGGAAAAGCAGAAUCAGCUGAACUACAGAAGGUACUCUCUCUCACACAAACUCUCACUCACUCUCCCUCAAAGAAAUUAAAAACAUUCUCCUGAAAUUCAUAUUUAACUAAGAGCAAAGUUAAACUGCUGAAAGAGGUGAAGCUGAAGCCAUCCUGCAGAAUCUCCAGAACACACAGACAUUGUUUGAUACAUUUAACAGACAAAUGAAGCCAAGUCCCGACAUGGAGAAACAUCAGCACUCUGUCAAGAGUUUUAACAAACAGAGUAAUCUCAAAAUACACCAGCACAUUCACACAGGAGAGAAACCGUAUCACUGCUCAGACUGUGGGAAGACAUUUACUAAACAGAGUACUCUGAAAAUACACCAGCGCAUUCACAAAGGAGAGAAACCGUAUCACUGCUCAGACUGUGGGAAGACAUUUACUAAACAGAGUACUCUGAAAAUACACCAGCGCAUUCACAAAGGAGAGAAACCGUAUCACUGCUCAGACUGUGAGAAGAGUUUUAAUCGACAGAGUACUCUCAAAAAUCACCAGCGCAUUCACACAGGAGAGAAACCAUAUUACUGCUCGGACUGUGGGAAGAGUUUUACUAAUCAGAGUUACCUCAAAAAUCAUCAGCGCAUUCACACAGGAGAGAAACCGUAUCACUGCUCAGACUGUGGGUUGAGUUUUACUCAACAGCAUACUCUCAAAAACCACCAGCGCAUUCACACUGGAGAGAAACCAUAUUCCUGCUCAGACUGUGGGAAGAGUUUUACUAAUCAGAGUAAACUCAAAAAUCACCAGCGCAUUCACACAGGAGAGAAACCGUAUCACUGCUCAGACUGUGGGUUGAGUUUUACUCAACAAAGUACUCUCAAAAACCACCAGCGCAUUCACACAGGAGAGAAACCAUAUUCCUGCUCAGACUGUGGGAGUAGUUUUACUAAACAGUGUACUCUCAAAAAACACCAGCGCAUUCACACAGGAGAGAAACCAUAUUCCUGCUCAGACUGUAGGAGGAGUUUUUCUGAACAGGGUAAUCUCAAAAAACACCAGCGCAUUCACACAGGAGAGAAACCAUAUUACUGCUCAUACUGUGGGAGGAGUUUUACUCAACAGAGUAAUUUCAAAAUACAUCAGCGCAUUCACACAGGAGAGAAACCGUAUCACUGCUCAGACUGUGGGAAAAGUUUUACUCAACAUAGGAAUCUCAAACUGCACCAGCACAUUCACACAGGAGAGAAACCAUAUUACUGCUCAUACUGUGGGAGGAGUUUUACUACACAUAGUGAUCUCAAAAAACACCAGCGCAUUCACACAGGAGAAAAACUGUAUCACUGCUCAGACUGUGGGAAAAGUUUUACUCAACAGGGUCCUCUCAAAAAACACCAGCGCAUUCACACAGGAGAGAAAACUAUUGCAAAUUUGUCCCACAGCAAUAAAAAGCGCAAAUCAUAAAUCUUUAGAACAGAACACCUUAUUCUACACAAAUGUUUCACUUUGUCACUUGGGACACGUUCCACCAGAAACAAACAUGAACUGAAUUUAACAAUGGAUUUUACAGGUUCAACAAAAUGACUCUUAUUCAUGGAUGAUGUUUAUAGAAUUUAAUGUUAUGUUUUCUCGUAUGUUUGAUAUUUCAGGACAUUCUUCGUGAGACAGAGCUCAGUUUUUAGGGUGGUUACGUUAUGAGUUUAGUUCUGAAGAAGGGAAGGUCGUUUGAGCGAUGGCACUGCCAGAGCUUGCACCAGAUGUUAGAUUAGCAUAACUUAGUCUUUAAAAUUUAGAUGUCAUAGUUGUUAGGAGUAGAGUAUGAUUCUUAAUUUUCUGUAAACAUUUCAGUGCUUGUGCUUAGAAGGUUUUGAAUGCAUUUAAUCUCUUUUCUAGUAUAUACAGACUUUAUUAUUUCCAUUAAUUUCUAGUAUCUUCGUAUCUUCGUUAGUUCCCCAAGAUUAGCAUAGUGUAGCUUAAUGCUAUUAACCGACAGGCCCCUCUGUAUGAAAGGAGAAACACCACCUGAGGAACUCCAGAGAGUGCCCCCAAAAGUGAGACCCAGAGCCACAGAGAGACGACACUGUGUCGGGUACUGCCGUGUGGACCGGAGGAGCAUAGAGGGAUAUAGAGGGAUAUUUGGUAGUGUUUUAAUACUCAAGUUUUAUACUCUCUUAUCAUUCCCUUAUUGAGUAUUAUAUGUUGUUGAAGUUUUUUUAUCCUCCAAAUUUACUAAGAAUAUCCAAAUCAUCAAGUUUCUUAAUAUUUUUUAACCAGUACCAACAAUUAUGUUUGUGUUGCUUCACCUCUAUAUUUACUCAUCUCUGUGGUUUUAUAAACGGCUUUUAUAUUGCAGAUCUGUAAUCUCAUUGUGUUUUCUCAACAUAUGUUUGACAUGAAACCUAUAGGCCUGAGAUUAUCUUAUGUUAUUAUUUGUUAAAUAUAGUCCAGUGUGAAAUGGAUUUGGGUUGAAAUUAAACAUAUUAGGCAUUUUCACAUUUGAAUUUCAGAAAGAAAUUGAUUUAAUGGUUCAGGCUUUAAAGGGUUAGAUAUACAAUUACUUCCAAUCGUAGAGUAGCAUGUGUGUUUAACGUGUAUUCAUAUGUUUAUAAAACAUUGUAUUCAUAUGUUUUUUUGUAAUUGUGAAUGCUUGUGGUUUGUGUUGUUCUGUUUUUUGAGGAGCAUAGCCAUUCAUCAAUUACACUUAAUUACCAAAAUCUA